CGGUUUUGAGAGAGAAGAACAGCACCUACUAGUCCAGUCGGUCUAUGUGAAAUUUCAGUUGCUUGUAUUGGAGAAAUUAACAUGCUGGCACCACUCACUGAACGAGAUCUUAAAUCUGCACUUGUGACUUCUCGUGCUGCUACAAGAAGUGAAGGAUCACCGAAUUUUCCUCCGUGGCUGCAUCAUUCAACAGUGAAAAGCACAUUCGAACCAAACUCCUCGAGUUAGUUUGAAAAACACUACAUUCUUUCCCUGAAUUUAACUGCAAGCCCUUGUCCAGAACUAGAAUUCUUUCUCGCGAAAAACGAAAACGCAAGAUCCAUCUUUUGUGUAGGACACUUAGAAACUAGAAAUCGCUCUGAAAAGACGACUCUUGGCCAGAAAAAGAGAUCAAAACUACAGAAAACUACAGUUUGUUGAAGAUCCAAAAGCUUCUCGGAAGUGGUACAUAGUUUUGACGAAAAAAGGUCUCGCACGGAAAAUUAUUCUCUCAAAAUAAUCCAAUCUAUCCCUAAAAAACCCAUUCAGGUAGCUCGGUAGAGUUAGUCUAGUCCUAUAUCAGAAUUAGAAUACAGCUACGUUGAUUUUAUUGUCAUUUUUCUCUCUUCAGUUCCUUUUUUCGACCACACUAAGCGAAAAUGGCGGAAACCUUCGCAUUCAACGCGGACAUCCAACAGUUGAUGUCCCUGAUCAUCAACACUUUUUACAGCAACAAGGAAAUCUUUCUUCGUGAGUUGAUCUCCAACGCCUCCGAUGCUCUGGAUAAGAUCCGGUACGAGUCCAUCACGGACCCGGAGAAGAUCGAGUCGCAGCCCAACUUCUUCAUCAAAAUCAUCCCGGACAAGACCAACUCCACUCUGACGAUCGAAGACAGCGGAAUCGGAAUGACCAAGAAUGAGCUCGUCAACAACUUGGGUAUUCAUGGAAGAGUUUUUUUGUUGAUGUGUUUCGUUUCUGUUGGUGGAAAGAGUUUUCGCGGGCAAGGUGUUGAAAGAAUUUUCAUUCACAAGUUCUGUGUGAAUACCUGGUGUGCCACUUUCAUUUUGAACAGGUACGAUCGCGAAGUCCGGAACCAAGGCCUUUAUGGAGGCUAUGUCCGCUGGUGGCGAUGUUUCCAUGAUCGGUCAGUUCGGCGUGGGUUUCUACUCCGCCUACCUAGUUGCCGACAAGGUGCAAGUCGUUUCCCGCAACAACGACGAUGAACAGUACAUCUGGGAAUCCGCGGCCGGUGGGUCCUUUACCGUGGUCAAGGACACCGAGCAGGUGUUCGGUGAAGUCAAGCGCGGAACCAAGAUCGUCUGCCACCUUAAGGAGGACAUGACGGAGUUCCUGGAGGAGCGCCGCCUGAAGGACCUGGUCAAGAAGCACUCCGAGUUCAUCGGAUUCCCGAUCGAGCUGUACAUCGAGAAGUCCGAGGAGAAGGAGGUAAUGUGGGCUUUUUGUUGCGCGCUUUGUUACCGGUGUCUCAUUGUUGAAAUGUUUUGUAAAAUCUGCGAAGCGCGUGCCCGCUUCCUUGGCAAUCAAUAUAUGAAACCGGCGUAUUAAACAGGUCACCGACUCCGAGGAUGAGGAGGAAGAGAAGAAGGAGGACGAGGAAAAAGAGGGUGACGAGCCGAAGGUUGAGGAAGUCGAUGAGGAAAAGGAGAAGGAGGAGAAGGCCAAGAAAACGAAGAAAGUCAAGCAGAUCUCGCACGAGUGGGAGCAGCUGAACAAGACCAAGCCGAUCUGGAUGCGCAAGCCGGAUGAGGUCACCAACGAGGACUACGCGGCCUUCUACAAGGGUCUCUCCAACGACUGGGAAGACCACCUCUCGGUACGUGCUUCUUUUGAUAUUCGUGCUUCUGCAUUUUGGUUCUUGUGAUGUUGUGUCAGGCCAAAAACUGGUGCGGUACCGUUGAUCCUACUCCGCGAUGCUCAUCUUCCCCACGUCUCCUCUACUACGGUGGAGACGCGGGUCCUAUGCCAUCGCCACAGCAAAGUUGAAGUUUCUUCCAUGCAAGAAAUUCUGGCUUUCUCGUGAGUUUCUUGUCCAUAUGGCUUCUGACAGCGUUUUUUGAUCUUGUGUCAGGCCGAAAACUGGUGCAGUGCCCUUGAUCCUACUCCGCGAUGCUCAUCUUCCCCACGGCUCCUUCACUACAGUGGAGACGCGGGUCCUAUGCCAUCGCGACAAGAAAGUUGAAGUUUCUUCCAUGCAAGAAAUUCUGGUGGCUUUCUCGUGAGUUUCUUGUCCAUAUGGCUUCUGACAGCGUUUUUUACGGACACUGCUUGCUUGGCUUUCUUCAAUUUCGCACACAUUGCUAGCGUACUUGUGGUUUUCGUUCAUUUACUUUGACAUCGAUCUAAAAUUUCAAAAUCGGCUUUAUCCAACAGGUCAAGCACUUUUCCGUCGAGGGUCAGCUGGAAUUCAAGGCUCUGCUGUUCGUCCCGCGCCGAGCUCCGUUCGACAUGUUCGAACAGAAGAAGAAGCGCAACAACAUCAAGCUGUACGUGCGUCGUGUCUUCAUCAUGGACGACUGCGAGGACAUCAUCCCGGAAUGGUUGUCCUUCGUUAAGGGAGUUGUCGAUUCCGAGGAUUUACCGCUGAACAUCUCUCGUGAGACCCUGCAACAGAACAAAAUCCUGCGUGUCAUCAAGAAGAACUUGGUCAAGAAGUGCCUGGAAAUGUUCGCCGAAAUCGCGGAGAACAACGAGGACUACAAGAAGUUCUACGAACAGUUCUCCAAGAACUUGAAGUUGGGCAUCCAUGAAGAUUCCACCAACCGCAACAAGGUCGCGGAACUCAUGCGUUACCAAACCUCCAAAUCCGGCGAUGACCUCAUCUCCCUCAAGGAAUACGUCGACCGCAUGAAGGAAGGCCAAGAAGACAUUUACUACAUCACUGGCGAAUGCGUCGCUGCCGUGGACGCGUCUCCGUUCAUCGAGACCUUGAAGAAGAAGGGCCUCGAGGUACAGAAACGGUCGUUGUUGCCUUUUUCUUCGGUAUGCAUUUGCAUGAUUAUAUUAUAGAAUGUACGUGACGCAAAAUCCAAAAUAGGAUUUGAUGGCUUUUGUUUUUGACCCAGAUAUAUUGAUUUGAAAAUUAAUUUCUUCCACCAGGUUCUGUACAUGGUCGACCCGAUCGAUGAGUACUGCGUGCAGCAGUUGAAGGAAUUCGACGGUAAGAAGCUGAAGUCCGUUACCAAGGAGGGCUUGGACCUCGAAGACGAGGACGAGAAGAAGAAGCUGGAGGAGCAGAAGGCCUCCUUCGAGAGCUUGUGCAAGCUGAUCAAGGAGGUCCUGGGCGACAAGGUCGAGAAGGUGAUGGUGUCCAACCGUAUCAGCGAGUCUCCGUGCGUGCUUGUCACGUCCGAGUACGGCUGGUCCGCAAACAUGGAACGAAUCAUGAAGGCACAGGCGCUCCGCGACUCCAGCAUGACCUCCUACAUGGUCAGCAAGAAGACCAUGGAACUCAACCCGAACCACGCCAUCAUGAAGGAACUCCUCGCCAAGGCCACCGCCGAUAAGGGCGACAAGACCGUCAAGGACCUGAUCUGGUUGUUGUUCGAUACGUCGCUCCUGACGUCCGGCUUCAAUUUGGACGAGCCGACCCAGUUCGCGGGCCGCAUCCACCGCAUGAUCAAGCUCGGAUUGUCUCUGGAUGACGACGAGGAUGAGGCUGAUGAGGACCUCCCGCCUCUGGAAGAGGUCGAGGGCGCCGACGCCGAGGCUUCCAAGAUGGAAGAGGUCGAUUAAACGACGUUUCCGACGAAACGGAGGUAAAAAGCACGUUUGAUAUUGCGACACAGGUACUCUCUCAGUUUCCGAUAACAACACGUACAAAAGGAACUUGAAUUAUUUCUUAUCCCAUAAUUCUGAAAUAGGCUAUGGCUAGACUUCGAGCGAUUUUUUGAAUCGAAACAGACGAGUGGCAGUAACAAACUGCUCGUUUUUUUGAUUGCUGUUAAACUAUGUCUUGCACGACACAACGAACAAGAGACCAUUGUGCGCUGCAGUUUGGUUUCGAGGCUGUCGUUGAUGAGAAUCGAGAAUUAAUUCGAAAAUUUGCAGUGUAUUUGGGACAACCGAAGAAUGCGUAAAAUUUCUUAGAAUACUGCUAUCACGACAUCGUUUCUCUCUGAAAAGAAGAUCAGAUAAUCAAGUGCAGAUCCCGGGACAGAAGAAGACUCAUUUAUGUACACGUUUGAAUCGUAACAACAAGGUAUCUAAUGCAUCCCGCGGAAUAUCAAAACCGAUGGAAUGCAGUAGCGCCUUUGUUCUUUUUUAUUUGAAGAAUGCAACACGAACAGUCUUCAUAACCACUAGAAAUGCCACUACCUAAAACUAUUCCUAUACGAAAUGUACAGACGUGAUUUCUUCAGACUCUCGAUCUUGCUAUCCAUGUAUGGGUGAAAAUUUUUAACCGAAGACUCCUAUCCGCGUCGGGAACACCACGGCAUCUUAUGUCCAAAAAACCGCUUUUUCAACCACCAAAAACCUUUCUACUCCGAUGUAAUUUGCUGCCCCUCGCAAGGGAGGAAUAGGAUAAUGAAAAUCAAAAUCUUGUGAACCCAUAUGAAU